AAAAAAUGUGAGUGCCAGCCUGACAUUUCGCCUUUCCUCGUGUCCGCCCCGCACGAGUGACAGAUGGAGAAGAUAUUGCUGUGCCUCGUGGCAACGUCGGGCUGCCUCGCCCUGGUCUGGAUCGUGACUAUGUGCGCUCAGUGGAAACGCACCAGACGCCGCGAGAACGACCGCGGCGACAGCGAGAAGGCCCUACCGACCGCGAAGGUGGUGCCGAAGGCGGUCGAGACGGCGGCCCGCCCCGCGCCCACGGCUAAUGACCGCCUCAAGACCCCCACCCCCCACCCCCGCAUCAUCGUCCAGAGUGCAUCCGGGAACAACUUCAUCGAACUCCUCCCCAAAUGAUUCCUAUGCAUCCGUAAUCCGUGCCGCAUCUCUCUCGCUGAAUCCUGUGAUGUAACUCUUUUCGAAAUGAAUCACCCCACCAUGAAUUAAUCGCC